AACCUUUCGUCGCUCACUCCCUUUCCCCGCCUCCGCUCUCCACCCUCCGGCUCGUGCCCGGCCAUCUCCGAUCGACGCUCGCCCUUAUCCCCUCAGUCACUUCGUUUUUCUUUUUCGAUUCGAGUAUCGUCCCCGCUGAUCCGGUUUUCGGUUUCAGAGUCACCAAUCCAGGCGAGAGAUCUCGGUAAAUCCUUCAUUUUUCGAAUCUCAAGUGUUUUCUUUUUUGAUUCAUUUCAGUUUCACCUGUUGCUGGAGAUUGUACCGUGCUUGCUCUUUGGACCAAUCUGUUUUACUGAGUCGCAGCCGGCCGAGCUGUUUGGCUAUAGUACUGCCAAUCAGGGAGUGAAAGAUGCCGCUUUAUGACUGUGUGCUUUUGUUCAAGCCUCAUGUAAAGAAAGAACCGAUCAUGGACUUGGUGGCUCGAAUAGGAAAACACAUUUGCAGUAGGAAUGGUGUAAUCACGGAGAUGAAAUCAUUUGGGACCAUCCACCUUGGUUAUGGCAUCAAGAAGCUUGAUGGAAGAUUUUAUCAGGGCCAGCUGAUGCAGAUGACGAUGAUGGCGACACCAAACAUGAACAAGGAGCUGCAUUACCUGAACAAGGAAGAUCGCUUGCUGAGGUGGCUUCUCACCAAACACCGAGAUACAGGUUGUCUACAGGACACCGAUUUUCGCUUUGAGGAUAUUAGAACUGUACUAAAGGCGGAGAGAAACUCUCGCCGUGGCCUGUUUCAUUACGUUCACCAGAAUGAUGCAGAUAAAGAUGAUUAUGACACUGAGGACGAUACUGACCAAGUCGAGAGUAGACCACUACGAUGAGCAGAAUAUGGGGAUUGUGUGCAUAUCUCGGUCUCCUUCUCGCAUUAGGAUUGCCAAUGGCUGUGUUUCUCUUUCGAUGUUAUUGUUUGUGAUCUGCCCUCUCCAAAACUCAUCGGAGAGCAUAUGGCUUUGUCGAACUACUAGAUUCGAGUAUACCAAUGUUUGGACGAUGGUAGUGAUGGCUACAUCAAUAAGGCAUCCUUGAUUGUUACUAGUUCGCUCAAUUUUUGUAGUUGAAAGAUGAAUUUUAGUUUCCUGCACAAACGCCAAUUUUUUUU